UCUGCCCCCCCACACCCCGCUCAGCGUCUGGGCCUCAUCCCCCACUUCUCUGUCUCCCUCUCCCCCCCCUCCACCUCCCCGGACACUGACACCCCAUUACUCCAGUCUCCCCAGCCUCAGCCCGAGUCUGCCCAAGAUUGGCCUGAAGGUCGCCCCUGACUCUGCACCCCCUCACCCCGACAGGGCUACUGGGGACCAUGACUAAGACAGAUCCUGCCCCGAUGGCCCCACCGCCGCCCCGGGGCGAGGAGGAAGAAGAGGAGGAGGAGGAGGAACCGGUGCCUGAGGCUCCCAGCCCCACCCAGGAGCGCAGGCAGAAGCCUGUGGUGCACCCCUCGGCCCCUGCCCCCCUCCCCAAGGAUUACGCCUUUACCUUCUUCGACCCCAAUGACCCUGCAUGCCAGGAGAUUCUGUUCGACCCCCAGACCACCAUCCCCGAACUGUUUGCCAUUGUGCGCCAGUGGGUACCCCAAGUUCAACACAAGAUCGAUGUCAUUGGCAAUGAGAUUUUGCGCCGUGGCUGCCACGUGAACGAUCGCGAUGGACUGACGGACAUGACACUCCUCCACUAUGCGUGCAAGGCGGGGGCCCACGGAGUCGGGGACCCAGCCGCAGCUGUGCGCCUGUCCCAGCAGUUGCUGGCACUGGGCGCCGACGUGACCUUACGCAGCCGUUGGACCAACAUGAACGCGCUUCACUAUGCGGCCUAUUUUGACGUGCCCGACCUUGUGCGUGUGCUACUGAAGGGUGCACGGCCCCGAGUAGUGAACUCCACAUGCAGCGACUUCAACCACGGCUCAGCCCUGCACAUCGCAGCUUCCAACCUGUGCCUGGGAGCCGCCAAGUGUUUGCUGGAGCACGGUGCCAACCCAGCGCUGCGGAACCGAAAGGGACAGGUGCCAGCAGAGGUGGUUCCGGACCCCAUGGACAUGUCUCUGGACAAGGCCGAGGCAGCACUGGUGGCCAAGGAGCUGCGGACGCUGCUGGAAGAGGCCGUGCCACUCUCCUGUGCCCUCCCCAAGGUCACACUCCCCAACUAUGACAACGUCCCUGGCAAUCUCAUGCUCAGCGCACUGGGCCUGCGCCUGGGAGACCGAGUUCUCCUGGAUGGCCAGAAGACGGGCACGCUGCGGUUCUGUGGGACCACUGAGUUUGCCAGCGGCCAGUGGGUAGGCGUGGAGCUGGAUGAACCGGAGGGCAAGAACGAUGGCAGCGUUGGGGGAGUCCGCUACUUCAUCUGCCCCCCAAAACAGGGUCUCUUUGCUUCUGUGUCCAAGAUCUCCAAAGCAGUGGAUGCGCCCCCCUCAUCUGUCACCUCCACUCCUCGGACCCCCCGAAUGGACUUCUCCCGUGUUACUGGCAAAGGACGCAGAGAACAUAAAGGCAAGAAGAAGCCACCCUCAUCCCCAUCCCUGGGCAGUCUGCAGCAGCGUGAUGGGGCCAAGGCUGAGGUUGGAGACCAAGUACUCGUUGCAGGCCAGAAGCAGGGGGUUGUGCGCUUCUAUGGGAAGACAGACUUUGCUCCAGGUUACUGGUAUGGUAUUGAGCUCGAGCAGCCUACAGGCAAGCAUGAUGGCUCUGUCUUUGGUGUCCGGUACUUCACCUGCCCGCCACGGCAUGGAGUCUUUGCGCCAGCAUCGAGAAUUCAGAGAAUUGGUGGAUCCACUGACCCCCCUGGGGACAAUGUGGGAGCCAAAAAAGUGCACCAGGUGACAAUGACACAGCCCAAACGCACCUUCACGACAGUCCGGACCCCAAAGGACAUCGCCUCAGAGAACUCCAUCUCCAGGUUGCUCUUCUGCUGCUGGUUUCCCUGGAUGCUGAGGGCAGAGAUGCAGUCUUAGAGGCCCGGGCUUGCCCACAAAGAACCCCCUCCAGCGUCUCCUGACACAAGAUGCUCCUAAGUCACCCCGAGAUAGAUUCCCAGUAAUACAUCCAGAAUAGAGACCCCCAUUAGCCAACCCUCGACCACUGAGGCCCCAUUAUUAACACGAUAACCCCCCAAAUACAGACCCCAAGUUACCCAGAAAGAGAUUCCCUGAGUGUAGCACCUUCAGGCUAGUUCCUAUCCUAACCCCUCAGAACAGACCCCUUAAUGAGCAGAUUUUCACAUCCCCCAAAAUGAUGGUGACCUCCAUGUGAUGCUCCUCAACAGAACAUUCCCAAGUCUCUCAUUGUCAAGUCCCUCCCCACCACAUCAGGACCUCUUGACUAAAUGCAGUUAACACCUCCAGAACAACAGUAAUAGACCUUCAUGCCUCUCUCCUGCAUUGAACAUCAGCCCCCUCUAGAAUCUGUGACCCACCACGAUCAUCUUUGAGCCCUUAACGGCAAUCAUUGACCCCUGUCAUUAACAAGACCCUGCUCUUACCUCUCGAGGAGAGACCCACAUCAACCAGCCUACUGUCACCCCCAAUUUAUAGACACCAAAACAGUCCUGGAAGUGCUAAUUACAGGACCCCCAAGUCUUCCUGCCCUCUGCACCCUCAAGAAACCCCCAGUGCCUUGUAUGAAGCCCACCUUACACGGCCCACAGCCGUUGUGCUGGCCAGGUUCCCAGAAAAAUUCUCUAUUUUUUAAUGACUUCCCCCUUUGGGGGACCCCAAAAUUUGGAGGCCCCAUUAUGACACUCUGGGGAUCCUAAGCCCCAAGAGUACAUGUCCCAAACUCCCCUGUGCCAAGUCCUAUAACCCCCUAGAAGGCCCAAAGGCUCCUUAGUCCCAGGAUCCUCAAAUCAUAGAUUUGGCGGCGAAUCCCCAAAUUUAAAAUCCCGACCCCCAGCCCCCCAGAAAACUCAAUUAUAGAGGUCCUUGUGCCUGGGAUAGAGGAGACUGCAGACAGGAUAUAUAUCCCGGGCUACUGGGCACCUCAAGCCCUGUUCAUAGGCACCAAGAGACCCCAAACUGGAAUUUUCAUCCCUGGAAACCACCUUCAUGGAUCUCAAGACGUUCAAAUUCUAAGAAUCCCAGACCUAAGGGAACCCUAAAUUCUAAAAGUCCACCUCUAAUACAUGAAGGGCCCCAAGGCCUUGAGGGGAUCUGAAAUGCUGGAGCCCUCAUCUCAAUCUACCUUCUGGUCACAGGUCCCAAACACCAAAUCUGAGUGACUGGCCCAAAGGACCUCACAGCACCCGGGCCAGACCAACAGUCUGAGGGAAACCCUUGAAGGCCCAGGGGGGUCCAGGGAGGAUCUGGGGCCCUGACCACCAAGGACAGCUCACAACUGCCCCUUCACUGCAUGUCCCCUCGGCAUGACUCCUGUCCCCUUCAAUAAAGACGUUUCUAUGGUU